UUAUCCAUAAUUUAUCAAUUCGAAUAGCCAGAAUAUUUCAGUACAUUAAUUUCUUCUGCAAUUUUCACGGUUUUUUUUAUUAUUAUUUUUAAUUUCUCAUUGUUGCUCGGCGCUCAAUGGCGGAAACUUUCAAACGGCCCGAUCAAAAUGUUGAAUUCGAAUUAAAUAAAAUUUCCACAAUCGAAUAAAUGGUAAUUGUUGUUAAUUGAGGAAUUAAAAAAGAUUAAUAAAUAAGAGAUAAUGAUUUGUUAAUCAUUUUUUUGCGUUAUGUAAUUAAUUAUUUAUCAGUGGCUCAUGCCAUCGACGUACGGCAUGACUUCGCCUGGAGUUGUGUGUUUAUAAAUCCCGUGAGUCCGUGAAAAAGAAAAACUCCUGAAGAUGCUGAGACAGAGUCUGUCCCUCCGAUUUAAUCUCCGGCAGUUGUCCAGGGUGGUGAUCCCCACCAGGUCAUCGUCAACGGAGCUGAAUCCCCGGUUGUCGUUGUCUCAACAAGAAUUGAGGUUAUCAGAACACAAGGAGAAACAGGAGCAACGCGAGCCCUUCGUCAAGAAUUUCUUCCUGGGGAAGUACGACGUGGAAUUUGCGGCAAUUCCCGUUCCCCAGACGACGCUACGUCAUGGGGAAUUCUUCGAAUGGUUGAAGCCCAUCGAGGAUUACGUCGCCACCCUGGACAUCGGUGGAAUCGACGCAUCCGGGGAAAUUCCCCAGGAGAUUCUAGAUAAUUUCAGGGACCUGGGGAUCUUCAGAGCGAUGGUGCCCGAUGAGUACAAAGGCCUAGGGCUCAAUACCUCGGAAUUUGGAAAACUCGUGGAGACGGUGUCAGCUGUUCCUGUACUGGGGACGUACCUCGUGAAGAAGAGGAGUGCUGUGCAGUUUAUCAUCGAGAAUUCCUCGGAGGAGCAGAAGGCACGAUUUCUACCUGGAAUUGCCAGUGGGGAACUCUCAUCCACUGCCUGCAUCAGUGAGAAUGACGAGGGUUCACCUGAUUCAACGAUUUUUACGUACGCCAGGUUGUCUGAUUGCGAGGGAUUCUACAUUCUCAAUGGGAAGAAGACUUUCGUAUUCGAUGGUAAACGCUCCAAUCUGAUGCUCAUCGUCUGCGAGGUGGCGGAGUCUGGUAAGAGCUUCCGCCCGGAGGAAACGUCAUCCGCCUUUCUCCUGGAGACAAACACCCCAGGGAUCACGAUAUCACCCCCAGUGGAUACCGUAGGUCUCCGAGGGCUGGAGAACUGCGACGUGACGUUCACAGACGUGAAGAUCCCCUUGGAGAACUUGGUGGGUUCCGUCGGUGAUGCAGGCCGGAAUUUCCCGAAGAUCUACGGCGAGGGGAAACAGUUUCUGGGGUGUCAGGCCAUAGGAAUCACGAAAAAAUUCCUGCAGCUGGUUGUACACCACAUAAAAAGCAACAAGGACUUCAACGCCCUGAAGUUCAAGAAUCAAGUGGUCCAGGACGUGGUGGGGAGGGCCUGCGGGGCAAUCUACGCAAUGGAGAGUAUCGUAUACAUGACGUGUGGAAUGAUUGAUAAUUAUGAGAACCAGGAUUGCGACAUGGAGAAGUGCAUUGUGGAGACUUUCUGCUCGGAGGAGUGCAUCCAGGGAAUUUUGAAGGGUCUCCAGCUCGUCGGGAUUACGUCACAGCUGAAGAAUCAGCUGUUCCAGCAGUUCUUCAGGGACGCUGUCUCCCUCAUGUCAGCUGACGGUACCGUUCUGAGCACCAGUUCAUUCAUGGCUCUGCUGGGGCUACAGCACUCUGGGGAUCUUACCUACGAGAAAGUGAAAAUCGAGAGGAAUCCCUGGAAUAAUCCGACGUACGUCCUCAAGAAGGUAUUCGGGUGGGAGCAGACCAAGGAUCUCUACAUCGCAGACAAUCUUCAUCCAUCACUCCAACCAACAGCUGAUGUCCUCACACAUGGAAUUGCCAGGUUCAAGGAUUGCGUUGAGAGACUCUCGAUUAUUCAUGGCAGGGACAUCUUCGAGAAGUCAGUUACUCACAAGAGACUCGCGGAAUUCGCCUCCUAUUUGUUUGUUAUAUCGGCGACCCUCGCCAGGACCAACAGGUCGUACUGCCUCGGGAUGAGGGACGCCGAGAAGGAGGUGUAUCUCACCCAGGUGUACGGUUAUGUACUCUAUGAGAGAAUGAAAAAACUCGCUGACCAGCUGGAGGACAAUGAGUGGAUAAAUGGGGAUGUCAUCCUCCAGGACAUCUCCAAUGGGGUCUUCGAGAAAAAUGGUUAUUUCCUCACUCAUCCUCUCGCCAGGAACUUCUCCUAGAGGAUUCAAUUAUAUAGAAUAUAAUAAUAUUGUACAGGAUUAAAUUUUUAAGGAUUAAAUAUCAAUUUGAAAAUCAA